CGCGUCGUUUUCUGUACUGCUCUGAAUCAAGAUUUGGCCAGUGAACACGUGUUGGAACUUGGAGUGGAUGGAUAGUCAAUUCUAAUUAAGUCACCUUUUUUUUAAAGUAUUAUUCAAGAUUUGAAGGAAGAAUUUAAAUGUGUAUAUAUAUCGACAAUUUAAAAUCAAUCAAGUCCAAAUAUUUACCAUUUGACCGCCUUACACUAUUUCGUUUUGUGCCACAAUGAAGUACAUCCUGGUCACUGGUGGUGUCAUCUCAGGCAUCGGGAAGGGCAUCAUAGCCUCCAGUGUGGGAACCAUCCUCAAGUCAUGUGGUCUGCGUGUCACCGCCAUCAAGAUUGACCCCUACAUCAACAUAGAUGCAGGGACCUUCUCUCCGUACGAGCAUGGUGAGGUGUUUGUGCUGGACGAUGGGGGUGAGGUGGAUCUGGACCUGGGGAACUACGAGAGGUUCCUGGACAUCAGACUGACCAAAGACAACAACCUGACCACCGGCAAAAUCUACCAGUCUGUCAUCAACAAGGAGAGGAAAGGAGACUACCUGGGAAAGACCGUACAGGUGGUGCCCCACAUCACUGAUGCGAUCCAGGAGUGGGUGAUGCGUCAGGCCAGAGUACCUGUUGACGAUGAUGGUGUGGAGCCUCAGAUCUGUGUCAUCGAGCUAGGAGGCACUGUGGGAGACAUCGAGAGCAUGCCUUUCAUCGAAGCCUUCAGGCAGUUCCAGUUCAAGGUGAAGAGGGAGAACUUCUGUAACAUCCACGUCAGCCUGGUCCCACAGCCCAGUGCCACAGGAGAGCAGAAGACCAAACCCACUCAGAACAGUGUCAGAGAGCUCAGAGGACUCGGCCUGUCUCCUGAUCUGAUCAUGUGUCGCUGCUCCACUUCCCUGGAGAACUCUGUUAAAGAGAAGAUCUCCAUGUUCUGUCAUGUAGAACCUGAACAGGUGAUCUGUGUGGCAGACGUGUCGUCCAUCUACAGAGUGCCUCUGCUACUGGAGAACCAGGGGGUGGUGGGCUACUUCUGUCAGAGAUUAGACCUUCCUAUAGAGACACGCCCCAGGAAGAUGCUCACUAAGUGGAAGGAGAUGUCUGACAGGUCAGACAGGCUCCUAGAGCAGUGUUCUAUAGCCCUGGUGGGGAAAUACACCAAGUUCACAGACUCCUACGCGUCAGUCAUCAAAGCGCUAGAACACUCGGCCUUAGCCAUCUGCCACAAACUGGAUAUCAAGUAUAUUGACUCAGCAGACCUGGAGCCAAACACACUGAAGGAGGAGCCUGUGAAGUACCAUGAGGCGUGGCAAAAACUCUGCAGUGCUGAUGGCAUCCUGGUACCUGGAGGGUUUGGAGUCAGAGGGACAGAGGGGAAGAUCCACGCCAUCAACUGGGCACGCAAACAGAAGAAACCCUUCCUAGGUGUGUGUCUAGGGAUGCAGCUGGCUGUGUGUGAAUUUGCCAGGAAUGUGCUAGAAUGGGAAGAUGCCAACUCUACAGAGUUUCAUCCCGAAUCAAAGCAUCCUGUUGUGAUUGACAUGCCAGAACACAAUCCUGGGCAGAUGGGUGGGACCAUGAGGCUGGGAAAGAGACGGACCAUUUUCAAGACCACCAACAGUAUACUAAGAAGACUUUACGGAGAUGCUGAGUACGUGGAUGAGAGACACCGACAUCGCUUUGAGGUGAACCCAGAGCUGAAGGAUCACUUUGAGGGGAAAGGCUUUCACUUCGUGGGUCAAGACGUAGAAGGCGAGCGAAUGGAAGUCAUCGAGUUAGACGAUCAUCCGUAUUUCGUAGGAGUGCAGUAUCAUCCCGAGUUCACCUCUCGCCCCAUCAAACCAUCACCUCCCUACUUUGGCCUCCUGCUGGCAUCAGCCGGGAAACUACAGAGCUACCUACAGAAGGGCCGCUGUCUGUCUCCACGGGACACAUACAGUGAUCAGAGCGGUAGCAGCACCCCAGACUCAGAAAUAGUUGAGUCCAUCUCACAGGAACGUGUGACCGAGGGAAAGGAACAAUGAAAAAGGAAAUCCCUUUCUAAACGGAGGAUCAAGACAUUUGACGUGUCUUGAUGGAACUGACUCUUUACCCAGGAUAACCCCCUUGAGAUGAAACCAAUGGAUGGAGCGUCUCGUUUCAUCGAAACACUGAAUGUCCUAAGGAGCCCCCCUCAAUAUUAACCCUGCAAUGUACAGACAAUUUCUUGUUAAUUUAUUGCAGUAAAAGGGCUUUACGAGAGGAAAUAUCAUUCAACCUGGCUCAUGACCAUACAGCAACCAAUAAUGUCUUAUUUAGCUUCACUCAUUGGAAGGAUGUGAGCCUUCUCCAUUUCUCCAGCAGCAGCUGCAUACAGGCCGUUAGUAGAAUUCCCACGUCAUUGGAUGUUAUGCGGGCAGGAGAAGGCCAUUAUGAUGUAUGACCGGCCUCAAUCAUUUUUUCACAAGACCUGAGAAUAAAGUAAUGUUUUAGUGGCUGGAGACAAUUUGUAUCAUACACUUUGAAGGCGCCGUUCUGAUCUCAGUCCCAUAUCCGCAUGUUUCAUCCAUCAGUCACAUUUUAAAAAGAUAUCAAUCAUUGAUCAGAACACACCAGACCCUGCACAGAUGACUGAUUAGCACGAGGCAAAACAGAAGUACCUUAAAACCCGUAUUACGGGUAUAUCAACGGUGAAGUGUAAUUGGUCAAUGCCAGUCACAAGACCUGCAAAUGAAAUAAAGUUUAGCAUCUUGAUAUAUACACACAUUAUAUUUAAGGAUUUACUCUGAUCUUAAGUCCCAUAUCUGCAUGUUUAAUCCAGCAAUCACAUAAAGGUAUCAGCAUUGAUCAGAACAUACCAGGCCCUCUGAAGAUAAGUGAGUGUUAUUUAUCCCCCCCAAAAUAACAGUUCGGGAUAUACAUACAGAUUGACAUUCCCAUCAAGGGACCUGGAUUGGGCCAUUACAGCUUAAGUGUUAAGGCACACUUGUACCUCCAUACCUGCAGAAAUACCAAGUCAGACAUGAGAAAUUCAGCCGCGCACAAGUUAAGCUCCAACGGCAGGAUUUACAUUGGUGGAACUAUCAAAGCAACAUUACUAUGGUUCAAAGAUGCAGCUAAAUAUCUGUAGGACAGUAGAGUGACUACCUCAGGCACAGAGAGGCUAGGACAGUCAAAGACUCCCCAUUUCUCUGGCAUGAACUUGGAGAACCAAAGGCUACAGACAGAGCCCGGGUCCUUAGGAUAGCAUGCGACCAGAUAACACUUAGUUUUAAAAAAUCCGUACCCGCUGUUCAAUCCCAAGGUGAUUGGGUCAUCACCGCUGCCAUUUCAGUUGGUACGAGUCCUGAUGAGAAACAAAGUGACCUUAGUGGGAUGAUCAAUCUAGGUUCAUUUCCAUUCCAAAGCAUGGAUGUUUAACUCAUUACUACUUUCAAUAAACAGGCUCAGAAGUUGAA